AUGGAUGGGUAUUCAAAGAGAAAAACGGCACAGACAGAGGGGCAGAAAAUCCUUCGUCUCCUCGCCUUCGCAGCUACGGCCGCGAUGCUCCACGGCAAUGUGUCGGCCGGCGAUUUCUCCUUCGAUACCGCACCCCAAGGCAGUCGCCGGGUCUCUGGCAUCGCUCCGCUCUCGAACAAUGGCGGCUCGUUUCGUUUACGACAUUUCGUCGGCGACGGAGUCGGCAUUCAAGAGAGUUCCAGUUCGCUGGGGGUAUUCCUCCCAUCAUCUCCGGACGACGAAUUCUUCUUCCUCGACGGGCAAUACUCGCUAACCAACGAAGCAAACUCCGUCGGCAAUGCCGGCCUGGGCUAUCGCAGCUUCAACCGCGCCAACAAUCGAUUCUGGGGCGCAAGCCUGUGGUACGACGUCGACGGUCGCAACUUCAACACGUUCCAUCAGCUUGGCGUCACGCUUGAGCUCGUGGGCGACGUCUGGGACUUACGAGGCAACGCUUACCUUCCGGUCGGCACCACACAAUCGACCGUUGGCAGUCCCAUCAUGAACGGCGGCCUCGAGUUUCAAGACAAUAACCUUGUCUUUGGCUCUUUCGUAGAAACCGAAACCGCCUACGACGGCUUCGACUUGGAGUUGGGACGCGUUUGGUACCCAGAACUCUUCAGCCGCUGCAUUCGCACGGCGGUCGGCUUUUAUCAUUUUCAAUGCGACGAUAAUCCGCAUAUUUACGGUGCCCGGGGACGUGUCGAAGGCAGCCUCACCCAGAAUCUCGACCUGGGGCUUACGCUGCAGAACGAUCGCGAAUUCGACACGAACUUGAUUUUCGGAGUCACUUGGCGGUUCGGCGGUGGAACCACAAUCGGCGCCCGCGGCUGCAGCUACUCGGCUCGAAAUCGACUGCGACAGACCGCCCCACGCAACCAGCAGAUCGUCGUCACCCGCGGCUACUCGCAAGUUCCGAUCAUGGCCAUCGAUCCGACCGACGGUCAGGCGUUUCAUAUCAUUCACGUCGAUAGUGCAGCAUCCCCCGGCGGCGACGGCACCUUGGCCCGACCGUACCAAACACUGGCCGAGGCCGAAGCUGGCUCGGUUGCCGGCGAUGUAAUUUACGCACACGCCGACAGUGUGUUCCUCAGUCAAUCCAUCAGCUUGCAGCCGAAUCAGCAGUUCCUCGGUGAAGGCGUUGACCACUACAUCAACACCCAGCAGCUCGGCUCGUUCUUGUUGCCUCGCGCGACCAACGGAACAAGCCUGCCGCUCAUCCAGAGUCCUGCCGAAGUUGGCGUGUUCGUAAACUCCAACACGAUUGUCUCCGGUAUUCAUGUCGAUGGAGCGGGCGAGGUAGGAAUCGGCGGGAUGGGCCUCGUGGGCGAUGUCUCAAUCAAUCGCAACGUGAUCACCAACUCUGCCGAGGUCGGCAUCGCCGUUCAAGACUUCAUGGGCAAUGUCUCAAUCGCAGAUAAUCAAGUCACAGGUAGCGGGAUGCUGGGUGUUUUUGCUGGCACCUUCGGAGGUGGUUCCAGCGUGGGGAACGUUUCCAUCAGUCGCAACACCGUAAGCGACACCGGAUUCGACGUGGCAAUCGGUGUCGCAGGCUUAACUGGUGAGACACUCAUCUCAGAGAACACCGUGCAGAAUUCCGGGGGCCUCGCCAUCGGUGUUCAAGAAUUCAACGGGAACGUCACGAUCGUCGACAAUCGGGCAACCAACAGCGGCGAACUUGGUAUCGUGGCUGGAGACCCUGGCGGAUCGAGCUUCGGCAAUGUAACCAUGAGCCGAAACGUUGUCGACGGAACAACCUCUGAGCCAGGUCUGGGAGUUGCAGGCGUGACCGGCGACAUCGUCAUCACCGAUAAUACGGUGAUGAACUCAGGAUCUACCGGAACAUUCGUCUAUCGCGUGGUGGGCGACGUCACCUAUCUACGCAACAAUGUCGACAAUACUGCGGAGGAAGGAACCUUCUUCGGCGAGAUUACCGGCUCGGUGGUGGCCACCCACAAUGAAGUCAGAACCGUCAACGACUUCGCCUACCAAUUCUUCGACGUAUCUUCCAACGUUCACUUUGCCAAUAACUUGAUUGACGACACCGACACCGAAGGGGCCAUCUUCUCGAACGUCGGUGGCAACGUCGAUAUCUUGUCGAACCAACUAAGCAACAUCGGUUCGACCGGAUUUCGAGUCAUGGGCGUAGGCGGCGACUUGACCAUGCAGGGCAAUGUGCUCAAUACAGCCGGCACCGAUGGGUACACCAUCGUUCAAGUUGCCGGAGAUCUCACGAUCACGGGUGAACAAAUCUCAAACACCGGCAACGCGGGCAUUCUCUUCACUCAAAACACGGGUGACGCCUUGGUCGACGGUAAUACCAUCAGCAACUUCAGAGACUUUGGCCUGUUCUUCUUCGACAACGGCGGUACAGCAAUCGUGCGAAACAACACGGUGAUUAACAGCACCGACUUCGGAAUUCUUUUGGAAUCGAAUACGAGCACCUUCACUGCAUUGGUCGAAAACAACACGUUUGGAACCUCCGUAAGCCUACUUACCGAAGGUUUGCGAUUCUUCGCCAACGGUCCUGGCACUCUGAACGUGAUUGCCCGGAAUAACGAAGUGAACACAACCAACUUCUCCCUGUUCGCCAGCAACUCGGCCGGCAGCACUUUCAACCUGUUCCUGGAAGACAACGACGCGAACAACACCUAUCUGAUGGACAUGCGAGCCGCAGGCACGUUCAACCUGGGCGGCUCGCUCGGCACCGGCGGAAGCUUCUCCGAUUCCGACAACGGCAAUCUCGCUCAUCACGGCAACACCACCUCCGGCGGGGCUCCCACCGUCACCGCCCUCGGCACCAUCAACAUCGUCGAUCCCACCAGUGGGCCCGUGGAAAGUCUUGUCGUCUUGUUCGGCGUUGCAGCACUCCUCCUGCUGAUCGUCCUUCCCAUCGUGGCGAUCACGUUGCUCACUCAGACCCGGCGAGAGCAGGCUGAGGGGUUUCGGGACCUCCGCACGAGCAUCACCCGGCUGCGGAACGACCUUGAAGACUGGCAGGAACAACAACGACUCCCAACCGCAGAAUCGCCUCCAGAACCGGCCGGCCAGCCCGAGGCAGAAGAACAAGAAUCCGAGUACGCCGAACCGGCCGAGCUGAUCGAACAAGCCAUCGAAGAGCCCCCACAAGAUUUCCCCACACCGGUUUGGUCAACCACAAAAGAGCCCGUGACCGCUGGAGAGGUACCUUCUGCGUCAGAGCAUUUAGCCGCAGCCGCUGCCUCGGUCGCAGUCGACUCAGAACCUAGAACCCCCAGCCGGUUCGAGACGGCGGCGCGAGACAUGCUUCGCAAAAUGUGGAACUGGAUUGUCGUCGGCGAGGAGCACGUGCCUGAAGGCGUUUCGUUCGAGUUCGCCUUCGCCAGCCAAUGGCUACUGCGAAUCGGCAUCCUCAUCCUCGUGGUCGGAGUCGGCUUCUUCUUGAAGUACUCGGUCGACCAUGGGCUGAUCAACGAAGUGGGCCGAGUCGCGUUGGCAUCCAUCGCCGGACUGGGCAUGCUAGUCGCCGGCACGCAGAUGCUGGGCCGGCGUUAUCACGUUCUGGGGCAGGGGCUGAUGGGAGGCGGUCUUGCAACACUCUACUUUGCCGUCUUCGCCGCGGCAGAUUUCUAUCAGCUCAUCGAAAUGCCUCUCGCGUUUGGCCUCAUGACACUGGUCACGGUGUUGGCCGGGGCGAUUGCCAUCCGCUUCAAUUCAAUCCUGGUCGCAGUUCUGGGCAUCAUCGGCCUCUACGGCUACAUGUUCGUGCUGGGAAUCGGCGUGCUCGGCAUCUGCUACUGGAAGAACUGGCCGCUGGUCAAUUACCUCAGCUUCGGGGCCACCUAUGCGUUGUUUUUCUCAGCGAUGGGUGACUAUACAUCCGAACAUUUCUGGGAAGUGAUGCCUUUCGCGGCAGCGUUCUUCGUGCUGUUCUCGACGAUGACGUUCCUCUACAAACUCGUCAAUCAAUCGAAAUCGAAUCUGCUGGACCUGCUGGCCCUCUGGGCAAACGCGGCGGUCUUCUUCGCUGUUUCGUACAGCCUUGUCGAAGACAUGUACGGCCGACAAUGGGUCGCCUUGGUCACCUUGGCGGCGGCCGCCUUCUACACAGGUCACGUCUUUUACUUCCUGCGAAGUAAGGUAGUCGACCGCGAGCUGCUGGUCAGCUUCAUAGGGCUUGCCAGUUUUUUCCUGGCCAUCACCAUGCCCCUGAUGCUCUCCCGCGAGUGGGUGACCGUUAGUUGGGCGAUUCAAGCCUUCGUGCUGCUGUGGGUUGCCGGGAAGAUCGGCAGCGAAUUCCUCCGGCACGUCUGCUAUCUGCUGUAUGCCCUGGUGCUGUUCCGCUUCGGCUUGAUCGACCUUCCGCAGCAGUUCCUGCGAGGCCCUUCGGCAGAAGACAUUCCGCUGCUGGCGUACCUCAAGCACUUGGCCGAACGUGCGGUCAUGUUCGGCGUACCCAUCGCCUCGAUCGGCGGAGCUUACACACUGCUUGCCAGGCAAGAGGCCGCAGCACAGAAACUUGUCGGCAGCGAGAACGAUAUCUCGGGCUGGCUCAGCGGAGCCCGGGCGAUGCGGCUGGCGGUUGGUGUCGCGCUCGGCAUGGUCUUCGUCUAUCUAAACCUCGAGUUCAACCGCACAUUUGGAUAUCUCUACGAGCCGAUCAAACUCCCGAUGCUCACGCUAUUGUGGGUGGCGAUGUGUGGCGUUCUGUUGCACGAGUCGCUCGUGCGGAAGAGCAGGGCGAUCGUCGAUCUGCUGCUGGUAGUUGCGGCAGGGCUAUUGGUCAAAGUCUUCGUGUUCGAUCUCCCCUCUUGGGACAUAACGCACCAGAUGCUCUACGGCACAGGCUACUCUUUCCGCGACGCCGCCUUGCGACUGCUCGAUUUCGGAGCCGUCAUCGGGUUCCUCGGGAGUGGUUACCUGUUGCUGACCCGCAAAGAUCACACACAGGUUGCCUCCAAACUCUUCGGCUUCGGCUCGCUGGCCAUGCUGUUCGUGUACCUCACCCUCGAAGUGAACUCUUUCCUGCACGUCUACGUCGACGGACUACGAACCGGCGGCAUUUCAAUUCUGUGGUCACUCUUCGCCCUGGGUCUCAUCCUGCGAGGAAUCGGUAAGAACAUCCGCUCGCUACGCUACCUGGGGCUGGGCCUUUUCGCGGUGGUCACCUGGAAGGUCUUCUUCGUCGACCUCUCACAGCUCGAACAGUUCUACCGUAUCAUCGCCUUCAUCCUCCUGGGAAUCCUGGUCCUCAGCGGGUCGUUUGUUUACCUACGGUACCGCGAGACCUUCGCCAUCGAAGGGCCGCGUGAGCAGGGCGAGGUCAUCAACUUCCAGUUCUCGCGCGACGUACACACCCGUGAGAUCCAACGCGACCAACUACUCGCGAUCAGGCUCGAUUCAGACAUCUACGCGAACCUGCAACACGACUUCGCCGAUCUCCGACUGGUUGACGGAAACGGGGCGACCGUUCCUUACCUGCUGCGAAGAGUGCGAACAACCCGCGCAAGCACAGUGCGUAAGACCUGGACGCCCGAUGACUUCACAGCCAAACCCCUGCCGGGCGGUGGGCUAGAGAUCAUUCUGCAGCUCGACGAGAAAGCUCCCCAUCCCAUGGGGCUCACCGUGAUUACCCCGCUUGAUAACUUUGAGCAACGCGUGCAGGUUUCGGUUUCGCCCGACGGACAACAGUGGGAGCCUAUCGAACGUGAAGCCGUGAUAUUCGACUACUCCCGCUACAUGGAUGUUCGACAAACCAGCAUCGAGCUGCCGGAAAGCGAUCACAGAUUUCUUCGAAUCGUCAUCGACGAUGUCACCGCCGAGCAGGAAUCAGAGCUGCUAGAGCUGACCCGUCGCCUGACUGGCGAGAAAGAAACCGAGCGAUUUGAAGAAGUGACUAUCGCCCGACGCCCCUUUCGAAUCGAACGCAUCGACUUCUGGCGUGAGACCCUCCAGGACUCUGUAGCGGGCGACGAAAAGACAAGCUACGAGGUUGAAAGUAUCCUCAUCGAAGAGGAUCACGAGAAGCAGCAAACCCUGGUUCGCAUCGAUACCAGGAAGCAACCACUCACUCAAUUCAAGCUGAUUACCCCGGAAAAGAACUUCAACCGGCAAGUCACGGUUGAGGUUCCGCACAAGAAAGGAGCCAUCACCACAUGGCACUCCAUCAGUACAGCGGUGCUUUCCCGGAUCGAUUACAAGUCACUGCAGCGUGAAGAACUCACAGUGGAUUUCCCCGAGACAAGGCACGCUGAGUACCGCCUGGUCAUCAACAAUCGCGAUAACGCGCCCUUGAAAGUCGAAGACGUCGAAGCACAGGGCAACGUCUACGAACUGGUAUUCCUCGCCGAACCGACUGAGGGCUACCAGCUUCUCUACAGAAGCCUCGAUGUCGAACCGCCCGCGUACGACACCGUCGCGGUCGAAACCCUCCUCACGCAAGGGUUCCAGCCAGUCCUGACCGAACUGGGCUCGCCCCAGGCCGCGGCAUUCAAUGCCGAACCGAAAAGAUAUCAAUGGCGCGAGCUGAUCAACAAUCCGAUCUUCCUAGGCGGUGUGAUCCUGCUGCUGAUUCUCUUCCUGGGUAGUGCACUAUACACGGCCGCCCGGCGUAUGGAUUCGCUCGAAGAGGAGCCACCCAAGUAG